CUACCGUCCUGUAUGGUUCACAGCUCAUACCGGCCGAACAAACUUGAUACAUUUUAGUUGGACCAAUCGCAGGCAAGACGUUAAAGCAUUGUAAACACUAAUAAGUACGAAAACAAAACUACAAACUAUAAAAGUAUAAACGUCGUUUCCUAGUUUCGACUUUCGUUUUCGUACCGUUGGCCAAGUAAAUUGGCAAUUCCUAUUAUUUAAUUACAAUAGAGUCAAUCUUCCAACAUGUCGAAAGCACAUCCACCGGAGCUCAAAAGAUACUUGGAUAAAAAGUUAUCAUUAAAAUUAAAUGCUAACCGUCAGGUAGCAGGCGUACUACGUGGCUUUGAUCCAUUUAUGAAUCUCGUAUUGGAUGAAACCGUAGAAAAAAUCAAAGAUGGUGUUGUGAAUAGUAUUGGGAUGGUGGUUAUAAGAGGAGAUAGUGUUUUGACUAUAGAAGCAUUGGAUAGGAUUGAUCAACAUUAAAGAUGUAUUUUUCUGUUUUUCUUAUAUAAUACAUGAAUUUAUAUUUAAGA